CUUCUUGUUUAUUUUGUUCAUAAUAUGAUUUGAAAUAAAGAGAAGUAAAUUUAUGUAACAUUCUUUUAUUUAUUUAUGAAAUCUUAAUAUUAAUAAUAAGUAAAAUUAUUAAAACAACACUUCCAACUGACUAAACAUGAGAAGUGCAUUUUUUUCCAAUUUGUGAUGAACAUUAUAACAGAUUUAUUAAAACAAACCAGAAAUUGAAAAAUUUCAACAGGAUCUAUCUAGCACUAGCAAAAAUAUAAAUUUGUAAUAUUUUUUCUUUACUCUAUAUUCGUUUUGGUGUUUAUUUUAAAUAUUGACUGUAACAGGGUACCCGAUAAAGAAGAAUAAAUUAGAAAAAAAUUUUAAAGCUUUUAGAUCAAAAUAGUUGUCAUAAUGUUACUAUGUUAGAUACCAUGAAGUAACGCAAAUCAUUCUCUUUUAUUACGAAAUCGAAAAGCAAUCCAUGAAAUCGAAAAAAAAUGAUUAUAAAAAUUGCAAAGCGCCUGCUACAAUUUAAUUAGAAGUUUAUUCAGUAAGGCAAAAAAGUGAGAACAGGCGCACGCGCUGCUCAGCUUGCUGACUUUAAAAUGUUAAAAAUAAUUCAUAUACGCGCUAAAAGCGAUAUUUUGUUGUAUAAUGAUUUGAUAAAAUGGUCUGGUUGUCGUUUUAAAUCAAAUUCCUGUUGAAUAAGAGUUAUAAUGAAAUUAAAUAUUUCGUAUCCAGCCACUGGCUGCCAGAAGUUGUUUGAGAUUGUUGAUGACCACAAAAUACGUAUUUUUUAUGAUAAGCGAAUGGGAUCGGAAAUAGCGGCUGACCUUUUGGGAGACGAUUGGAAAGGUUACAUAUUUAAAAUUACGGGAGGUAACGACAAGCAGGGGUUUCCCAUGAAACAAGGCGUCUUAACGAACACUAGGGUACGUCUUUUGCUAACUGAGGGUCAUUCGUGUUUUCGAUCACGAAGAGAUGGCGAAAGGCGGCGCAAAUCUGUCCGGGGGUGUAUUGUGGAUGCAAAUUUGAGUGUUUUAGCACUGACAAUCGUUCGUAAGGGUGUGAGGGAAAUUCCUGGACUGACGGACAGCACGAUACCACGUCGUUUGGGACCAAAACGAGCCAAUAAAAUUCGCAAACUUUUUAAUCUGACAAAACAAGAUGAUGUACGUCAAUAUGUCAUUAAAAGACCGAUUGCUGAAAAAGAAGGUAAAAAACAACGGUUUCGAGCUCCAAAAAUCCAGAGACUUAUCACCCCUCAGACCUUGCAACGCCAACGCCAUCGCUUGGUUUUGAAAAAAAAAAGAUGUCUGAGACGAAAGGAAAUUGUGACAGCAUAUAAGAAAAUUUUGGCGCAACGUCACAAGGAAACUAAGCAGAAAAAACAGGAGCUGAAACGUCGCAGGUCGUUCACUGAUAAAGAAAGUAAAAUUUCACUUCAUAGCUUAUAGCGAAUUUUUGGUACCGUUGUGUUAGUCCUUUUUUUUUUUGGACGAUAGUUCUAUUGCUAAUUUGGGACGCUAAGGUGCAAAUCGUAUAAAUGAUUAUGAGCAGUUAAUUGCGAUAACCACUUAUUUCAUAAUUUACGUUCUUUAUCGUUGUUAUUUCCUCAAUAAAUAAGUGUUUGCGUACCUAGUAUUAUUCGUUUUCGUAGUGUAGUAAUGUAUCUAAUUCUCUAUUUGUAUUCAAUAACUUGUGCUUUUGUAAUAGAUUGAAAUUAUGCCCAACAAGCUGGGCGAAAUGUUGGCUGUGGUUUUUUAAAUAAAAUACUUUUAACCCCA